AACCAAAUUCCUAACUACCAAACCAACGAGAGACAACACCAACGACCUCUCUCUGGACUAUUCCAAUCAUCACCUUCGUCCAAUUUUCGAUCGAUUCACCAAAUUGUCUUAUUGCUCCAUUGUAAUUUAUUUUCUUGAUUUAGCGAAAUUGAUUUCAUCAGAUUCUUUUUUGUAUCAUCACCCAAUUUUCCAAUUCGUUAUACACGAAUUUUCUAGGGUUUUGUUGAAAUUGAGAUUCAGAUUUGCUCUCUCUGAAACCAUUAAGUUAGGGCUAUGGCGGAGGAAAAAAACGGCGGACGUGUGAACGACGAAACUGAAUACUCAUCGGAGGACGAAGGUACAGAGGAUUAUAAGAAAGGAGGAUACCAUGCCGUGAGAGUUGGUGAUACUUUUAAAAAUGGAGCUUAUGUGAUUCAGAGUAAGCUUGGUUGGGGACAUUUCUCCACUGUUUGGCUUGCUUGGGACACUCAAGAAUCGCGUUAUGUAGCUUUGAAAGUUCAGAAGAGCGCUCAACACUAUACAGAGGCAGCAAUGGAUGAGAUAAAGAUUCUGAAACAGAUUGCUGAAGGUGACCCGGGUGAUAAGAAAUGUGUUGUAAAGCUACUGGAUCAUUUCAAGCAUUCGGGUCCUAAUGGGAAACAUGUUUGUAUGGUCUUUGAGUAUUUGGGAGAUAACCUUUUGUCAGUUAUUAAGUACAGUGAUUACCGAGGGGUUCCUCUUCAAAUGGUUAAAGAUCUCUGUUUUCAUAUUUUGGUUGGGUUGGAUUAUCUUCAUCGUGAGCUCUCUAUUAUUCAUACUGAUUUAAAGCCGGAGAAUGUUCUGCUUUUGUCUACGAUUGAUCCAUCAAGAGAUGCUCGGAGGUCGGGUGUUCCACUUGUUCUGCCAACCGCCAAGGACAAAAUUGUUUCUGAGGCUGCUGCUAAACCUGAAACUAAGAGUUAUACGUAUGAUGGGGAUUUGACAAAGAAUCAGAAAAAGAAGAUUCGUAAGAAAGCGAAGAAGGUGGUGGUGGCUCAAGAUUGUGGUGGAGAGGAAGCUUUAGAAGAAAAUGAAAGAGAUUCUAACUCUGAAGCAAGAACAAAUGGCAAUUCCACUGUAGAGAGAUCGGAAGGAAGUUCCACAAGAUUAAUGGAAGAUGAAGAAGCCAGAGAGAAGGCUAACAAAAAGAAUGGUCGGGGUAGUAGGAGAGGAAGCCGAACCACAAGGCAGAAAUUACUGAGUGACAUAGAGUGCAAAUGCAAAUUAGUAGAUUUUGGGAAUGCUUGUUGGACGUAUAAACAGUUCACAAGCGAUAUUCAGACAAGACAGUACCGAUGUCCAGAGGUUGUUCUUGGAUCAAAAUACUCAACCUCUGCAGAUAUGUGGUCCUUUGCUUGUAUCUGCUUCGAGCUGGCCACCGGAGAUGUCCUAUUUGAUCCGCACAGUGGUGAAAACUAUGACCGGGAUGAGGAUCACCUGGCAUUGAUGAUGGAGCUUCUCGGGAUGAUGCCACGAAAGAUUGCAUUAGGCGGUCGAUACUCUCGGGAUUUUUUCAACCGACAAGGUGAACUAAGGCACAUCCGGCGGUUGCGGUUUUGGCCCAUCAGCAAAGUCUUGAAGGAGAAAUAUGAUUUCAGCGAGCAGGACGCAAAAGACAUGGCAGAUUUCUUAGUCCCAAUUCUUGAAUUUGUUCCUGAGAAGAGACCAACAGCCGCUCAAUGCCUAACACACCCAUGGUUCAAUACAGGCCCAAGAUUACUGGAACCAUCAUUGAAACCGCAACAACCGAAAGGAGAAGGACCAGCAAAUGAGAACAUAGAAAAGGAAAAGGACGAAAGAGAGGCAAUGGAGGCUGGUGUAGGGAAUAUCGCUAUUGAUGGCUCUGAACCGAAGGUGGCAACAAGAGAAGGACGUCAAUAUGGACGGGAUCCACGCACGUAAAAAUGAGAAAACUGCCCGAAAAUUAUUUGUUCCGGUUUGUUGUUUGAGGUUUGGCUUUCUUUGGGGAAUCAAAGAUUCAGACUUUUGUGUUUCAUUUCGCUGUUUGACGGUAAAAUUCAGAAUUUUGUUGCUUCGAACCAAUUGAGAUUGGAAGUGGUGAGAAUACAUGGAGACACAAAUUAUGGGUUCAAUGAAGAAUCCACACAGUUUACUAA